UGAGCCCAGUGUGUGUGUGUGUGUUAACACAAUUAAGAAACAUGGGUUUCAAAAAACGUUUUAUAAAUAUUGUUUUAUCAGUAAUAUUGAUGACCCUGCUACUACCAUCAUUAUGUUUAACAAGCAAAAUUUAUGCCAGUAAUAAAGCCGAAAUAGAUCCACAAUAUUGGAUACAAAUGGCAAAAAAUCAAUUGAAAAGAUCAAUGAAUCAAAAGCCGAUCGUAAGACAGGCCAAGAAUGCCAUACUAUUUAUCGGUGACGGUAUGGGUAUUACAACCAUAACACCCGCCCGUAUACUUAAGGGACAACUGAACAACCGUUCCGGUGAAGAAACUAAACUUAUCGUUGAAGACUUCCCAUACGUUUCGCUUAUUAAAACCUAUAAUGUUGACAAUCAAGUGACUGAUUCGGCCGCCUCUGCCAAUGCUUUUCUUACCGGAAUUAAGACAAAUGACGGAACAAUUGGUGUGAAUGCAAGAGUUGCCAGAUAUUCAAAUGAUUGCCAAUCAAUACAACAAAACAGUAUCCAAUCGAUACUUCAGUGGGCUAUUGAUUCCGGAAAGAGCGCCGGUUUGGUGACCACAGCUCAGAUCACUGACGCCACGCCGGCUGCAAGUUAUGCUCAUAUAUCCAAUCGGGACUGGGAGUCAACCGUUCCCCUAAAUAUGACCGGUAAUUGUAAAGACAUUGCCAGACAACUUAUCGAAGACCAGACGGGAAGUGAACUGAAAGUAAUACUCGGAGGCGCCCGACGUUUCUUUUUGCCCGAAGAUAUCCAGUCCAGAGAUGGCAAAUAUGGAGCGCGAAGGGAUGGCAGGAAUCUGAUCGAUGAUUGGCUCAAAACAAAAAAACAAAAAGGAUUUGACUCUAAUUCUUAUAAAUUUGUCGAAACUAAUGGCGAACUCAAGAGUGUUGAUACCGAUAAAGUCGACUAUUUGUUCGGUUUAUUUAAUUACGACCACUUGUCCUAUGAUAGAGAAAGAGAUGACUCGGAUAGUGGCGAACCGUCAUUGGAAUUGAUGGUCGAAACGGCGGUCAAAAUACUGAGUAAAAACAAGAACGGAUAUGUCUUACUGGUUGAGGCCGGAAAUAUAGAUAAAGCACAUCACGAUAAUUAUGCACAACUGGCCAUUCAUGAUACCGUUGCUUUUGAUAAGGCCAUCACUAAAGCCACUUCAAUGGCCUCACAUUUGGACACUUUGAUGAUUGUGACGGCCGACCACUCGCAUACUCUGUCAUUCAACGGUUACUCCAAACGUGGUAACGAUAUAUUAGGUGUUGCCGGCAAUGACUCGACUAAUAAACCCUAUACGACACUUAUGUAUGGAAACGGUCCGGGAUAUCAACAAAACAGAGACGACCCGUCAACUGUCGACACCAGAAAUCCUCGGUACCAGUCAUUAUCGGCCGUUCAUUUGGACAGCAAUGCACACGGAGGUGAAGAUGUGGCCGCAUAUAGUGCAGGUCCAAUGGCCCACCUAUUGUCGGGAACUAAUGAACAGUCAUAUAUUGCACACGUCAUAGCAUUUGCCACUUGUAUUGGCGAUUAUAAGGGCGAAGAUCAUUGCCAUCAAUACUCAGCUAAACUACUUUCUGCUUCUCAUCAAAACCUAAUCAACACUUAUUUAUAUAUUACUUGUCUAUUGAUUGUUACGAUUAGAGUAUUCAAUAAAUUUUAG